UCUCAAGUUGAAGUUAAGUGUGUGAGUUAUGUAAUUCUUUGUAAGUUAAAUUUACUCAACAAUGUCCUUCCAUAAUGACAGUAUUUUGAGCCGAACUUUGACAACGCAGAUCAAUUUUAAUUUAGAACAAAAUCUAUAGCAGCGAAAACACUGCAUUUAUAUCUGCUCAUCCCUCCCAUCUGUACUCCCCCCUCCCUCCCCUCUGCCCAGCAUCACUAGGGGGGAUGCUGGGGGGUAUUUAAGCCAGGGGUUGCUCAGUGCAAUCUUAAGCUCCUUCAUUGCACACCUGAAGGAUUACUUGUGUCUACUAUGAUCCUCCCUCUGCUUAUUUAUUUCACUCUUCUAACCAGCUCUACAACAACCACUUUUAUUAACAAUGGAACAAAUCUCACUAACAACAAAAUCCUUAUUGGUUUUCAGGCCCCGUGGAAUGUAUCUUACCCGUUCAGUGCAUUAAGGCUCGGAGCGGCCAUUCAAAUCGCCGUGGAGAAGGUAAACAAGAAUCCAUCUAUUUUGGGGAACUACACCUUGGAUUUUGUGUUCACAGACACACAGUGCGACCCCAAAGCGUCUCUGGGAGGGUUCAUACAUCAGGUGUGGAAGGAGAACGUAUCUGCGCUGUUUGGACCGGCCUGUCCCGAAGAGGCAGAGGUAACUGGUCUAAUUGCAUCAACAUGGAACAUCCCCAUGUUUGGCUUUGUGGGUCAGUCCUCCAAAAUGGACAACAGUAACAUCUACAACUCUUACGUGAAAAUCGUCCCUCCAUUGAAACGCAGCGCUGAGGUUUUGAUGAAGACUUUGGAGUUCUUUGGCUGGAGGUAUGUAGCGAUGAUCGGAGGGGGGCUGGACUCAAACACAUGGGACAAAGUGGAUGCGCUGUGGAAGACUGUAGAAGACCGUCUCAAGCAGAAGGUUAAACUAAUGGCGUCUGUGAAGUUUGACACCAGUAACCGUCAGCUCCUCUAUAACAACAUCAAGUUAAUCGCCACGGUAGCAAGAGUUAUUGUGGUGAUUACAAACAGUGAGGACUCCAUGUCUCUCUUGAUGGAGGCUGAGAGACAAGGUCUUAUGAAUGGAGACUAUAUUUUCUUCUUGGUUCAACAUUUUGAGGAUAACUUGUGGAAAUACGCACUAAACAACAGAAUGAACCAGGCAGCGAUUAAAGCGUUUGAUAUGGCGUUUGUGAUUGGUCAAAAGUCCUAUGAAGGUUACGAGUAUUACGACUUCUUCGAUCAAGUUUAUGAAAAGCUUAAAAAGGCGCCAUUUAAUAGUAACCUCACAUCGGACAGAGAGGUUAGUCCCUACUCUGCUUACCUCCAUGAUGCUGUGCUCCUUUAUGCGAUGGGUUUAAAGGAAGUUCUUAAAGACGGUAAAGAUCCUCACAAUGGACAAGAACUUCUUAUAAAACUGAAAAACAAGCAUAACAUUAGAUUUGAUGGAGCUUCAGGGCUGGUUCACUUUGAUGAGGAUGGGGAAAGAAACUUGGAUUAUUCCAUAUACGACCUGCAGCAUAUAGGAGACACCACAAAGUUUGUCCCUAUUCUUAAUUUUGAAAGUCACACCAAAACAGUGAGGCCGACCGCUAUGUUCCAUUCCAUGAUUUGGCCAAAGGGAAAACCACCAUCUGACAACCCUGAAUGUGGCUUCAACAAUGAAUUGUGUGAAUGGUUAACCAAUGAUAUCGCCCUCCUCACCUUGUUAGUCAGCUUCCCUUUUAUUGGAGUGGUUGCUGUCUUGUGCAUUGGUGUCCUUGUAUUGCAAAAGCUUCGCCUACAAACCAAACUUGAUGAUUCCUGUUGGUGGCUUAUAAGUUACAACGAUAUCACAAUCAUAAGAGAACCCACUUCGAAAAGGGCUUUGUCUCUGAGCACUACAGCCAGUCACAGCGGCAGUGGAGGGUCUCAGUCCAACUUCUCAAACAACAGCUACGGCCUGAAGGACAAAACAGGGAAAGAAAAUGUCUUCACCAGCAUAGGGAUGUACCAGGGGAAUCAAGUUGCAAUCAAAUAUCUGAAGGAUCACACAGGGAGUAAUGUUCAGAAACCCUCUAUCAUUGCAGAGCUUAAUGUGAUGAAAGAAAUGAAACAUGAAAACCUGGUGCAGUUUUUUGGAGUUUGCAAUGAGCCACCGAACGUGUGUUUAGUGAUGCAGUACUGUAGGAAAGGGAGCCUCAAGGAUAUCUUUGCUUCGGACGCAGAGCUGGACAGUAUGUUUAAAGUCGCCUUUGCUUAUGAUAUUGUCAAUGGAAUGGAGUUUAUUCACAAAAGUUGCGUGAAGUUUCACGGUAACUUGAAGCCAAGCACAUGUCUGGUGGACAGCAGACUGCAGAUUAAACUGUCUGGCUUUGGACUUUGGGAAUUUAAAAAUGCUCAUAAGAAAAGGAUUGCUUUACUGGAAAACCACAUUUAUGAAGAGAUGUACUGGACAGCGCCGGAGUUGUUAAGACAAGUUGGUCACCAGUUCUACGGGACGCCAAAAGGGGAUGUCUACAGUUUUGCUAUGAUCAUGUGGGAACUCAUGUACAACUCCAGAUCAGGUCCAUUCUCAGACUUCAACUUGGAGCCAAAAGAGAUUAUCACGCAGUUGAGGAUUCCAUUCCAGGGCGAACCACUGCGUCCAUCUUUAUCUGAACAACUGUGCGAAGAAAACAUUAACGGUCUGCUCCGAGUCUGCUGGAGCGAAAACCCAGACCACAGACCUCCCUUUGGGUCCAUACGCAGACAGCUCAAGGAGACCAGUCCAGAGAGUCACGCAAACAUACUGGACAAUAUGGUGGAUAAAUUGGAGAAAUAUGCCAAUCAUCUGGAGGAGGUGGUGGAGGAGCGCACCAAUCAGCUGACGGCAGAGAAGACACGGGCGGACAGGCUCCUCUCCAGUAUGUUACCCAGGUAUAUUGCUGAGCAGCUGAUGGCCGGAAAGUCAGUGGAGCCGCGCAGUUAUGAGCUGGUCACCAUUUUCUUUUCAGACAUCGUUGGGUUCACGUCUAUGUGCUCCGUCAGUUCAGCCAUGGAGGUCGUCACUUUUCUCAAUGACCUCUACAGCCUGUUCGAUGACAUUAUCAAGAUGUACGAUGUAUAUAAGGUGGAGACGAUUGGUGACGCGUACAUGGUUGCGAGUGGUUUGCCGAUCAGUAAUGGAAACAAACACGCCAUAGAGAUCUGUACUAUGGCUCUGCAUUUUCUGAACGCCAUAAAAGACUUCAAAAUACGACACAUGCCAAAUGAGCGUCUGGCGAUACGUGUCGGGAUUCACUCAGGUCCAGUCGUUGCAGGGGUGGUGGGAACAACAAUGCCACGCUACUGUCUGUUUGGUGAUACAGUCAACAUGGCGUCCAGGAUGGAAAGUAACAGCUUACCACUUAAGAUCCACAUAACACAAUGCACUGCAGACAUCCUUCUUACAACAGGAGUCUUUGAGCUGGAGGAGAGAGGCGAGAUUGAAAUGAAGGGUAAAGGGAGUCAUAAAACGUACUGGUUACUAAACAGACAUGGGUUCAGUCCUCCUGCCAUCCAGCACACCUCUCCACCAGUGGACAGCCUCAGACCACUCCAAGAGAAACCGGGACUAUCCAAAGCAGCUGAUAAGAGAAAGGCUCUGAUCAAACCCCAGAUGACGGAGAGCCAGAUGCCAUCAGUGAAUAUUUAAAAUGACCACAAGAUAUUUUGGACUUUCUGUGUCACCGUCUUCUAAUAUUUAUACCUUCGUCUCAGGCUAGGUCAAUCUAUUCUGCAGUAGUACUAAUGUUUUUUUUUAAUUACAGUACAGAGGUCAGAGUCCAAGGUACAGUGUGGUUGAUGUUCAAGAAGAGAUUAGCAGCAUAAAACAACAAAACAUCAACAAAACGUGGGUCCACUGUGAUGGAAACUAUCAUUGUUUUUAUAAAUUGCUUUGUUUUAUUAUUUAUGAUUCACUCCACAUAUAUUUAAGGGUCCAGUAUUACACUAUUUUCUUGAUCUACAUUAUAAUGUUGUGCAUCAAAGUAUGUACCUAGAGUUGUGUUUUGUUUCAUUCACAUGUUUUACACCCAAACCCUGCAUGUUUACGCUGCAUUCUCGCCAACAGAAAACACUCUGUUCCACUUUGUGAUGUCAUGUGUUAAUACAGGAAGUGCUUCACUGUUGUUUCUAAAUUCCACACAACUUCACUAGAAUCAUUUGCGUAAUUUCAGCCCUGGAAUUGUUAAUCUCUACUAAACAAAAGAUAAAAGGAGCUGUUAACUUAAACUAUUGCUUCAUGACAUCACAAAAAUUUUGAGCUUUGGAGAUGUAGACACGCCAAUAAUAGAGGAUUAUUCAAAUAUGUGUGAAUUAAACAAAACACCACUUCACAUAUAUUUUUGAGAGUCAAUUUUGCGUAAUAUAGGACCUUUAACGUUCCAUGAAUGAGAAAUUAAGUGUUUUAAUGAUAUUCAGGCAAAGAAAUUUUAUCAAAAACAGCUUUAUUAAAGGAGAGCUUGUUUGAUUGUGUAUUUAUUGUGAAUAAGGGGACAGUAUAAAACGGCCAAUGGCAAAUAACACUUCUAUCGUUUAUAGAAGAGUCAUUGGCCAUUGAAGAACUGUUAUGUUUUGUGUCUCACUGUUUUGCUGCACUAAAUAAAUCUGAUUGAAUCUU